AUGGUUGAGUUCAUUAACCAAAUUUUCCAAAGUAAAACUAAUGACAAUUCACAGCCAAAAAUCUUUGCAAAUGACAAACAAAAAGUAAAUUCUAUCUAGAAUCGAGCUAGAAUUAUUUUAGAGUCUUGCGGAUUUGUUAGGGAUCCAUCCCGACCUUCAGUUGAUAUGUAAAAUCUUAUUCAGAGGCCCAAUAAGACCUCAUAAACAGCAAAAACCAUUGAUAACAAUCUCCUCAAAUGAAGAAACGAUAGACGCCUACAGCACAAUUUGUAUUCGUUGUCAAUCACAAGAAAAACUUUUUGAUAAAGCAGGACAUUUUGAGCACAGUGACAUUCCAUGUGGAAUCUAUACUUUUACAGUCCUGGACAAAAUCUUAUCAAAAAUGCCAACUUUUUCUGUUCCAGUCCCCGAAACAAUUAUUUCUAACUGUAAUUUUGAUUUUCCUAUGCUUAUAAAAAAUAAUGGGACGUUGCUAGAAAUAAAGCCUUUUAAGCAUGGCUUAAAAGGACUAAAAAAUUUAGCCUUGGAAAUGAUGAGCCCAAAUGACGAUGAUAAUAAUAAAUUUUCUUGUCCUAAAGUAAUCAUCAAAUUUCCAGGAAAAAUCAAAAGACUCAUAAACAAGCUUAAAGAACUGCCUGAAAGCUGGCCUGAAACGAAUCAAGACGCAGUUAUCCAGAGAUUUAUUAGGCCAAAAGGGCUGAGAGCUACUAAAUAUAGAGUAGUUUUAAAAGAAAAUUCUAGCCCAAAAGUAUAUAUUUUUACAAAUCGAGAUAGAUUUGACAGCAGAAACGACCCAAUUCCAUAUCAUAAAAAAGCAAACUCCACAUCAUUUUAUAAUGAAAGCCAAAUCUUGCAUGAAAUAAAGAGAACAGUAAUAGACCACAAGCAAAUUUUAAAACUUUUGCAUUCAAAUGAGAUAAAUCCUUUUUUGAGGUCAAAAUCAACAGUGAAAAUGCUUGAUUUAACUCAUACUCCUCCUGAAAAAAUGAAAGUUUUUGAGCUUUUUAACAAUGAUUAUGGGACAGCUCAGAAGAAAAAAGCCACGAAAUUCAAAAGUAUUACGAUGACAGCGAGGUUUACUACGGCAAAUGAGCUAGAAAAAUGUGAUGUUUAUGAGGGGAAACCGCAGAGCUAUAUGAAAAUUAUAGAAAUAGCUACUCAUUUGCAAGAUAAAAUCAAUAAACUUGUGUUAAAAGACUAUGUUUUGACUGAAUUGGUAUUGGAUUUUCUGCAGGAUCAUAAAGGGAAUUGGUAUUUUUUGAGGAUUGAGUAUGGAAAAACUAAAGAAAUUUUCAAAAUGAAGGCUAAGCCGAAAACAAGGGAAAAGAACUUUUCAAGGCAAAAUGAUGAGAGUGCCUAUUUAACGACCGGAUACACGUUUGGUGAUACUAAAAGAUACUCCAUCUCAAGAAAGCGAACUCUUGACGGAAAACUAAAUGUCACAUGGCUCUAA